AUGAAAAAACGACACAAAUCUAAAGCAGCUCAAUUGGCGGCAGAACGUGAUGUUGAACUUUAUGUCCGCUUAGAAAUUGAAGAUCAGGUUAUUGCAGAAGAAUAUCUUCUAAGAAAUGCAAUUGAUCGAGCAAUUAAUAUACUUUUCGGCGAGAUUGGUAGUCAAAUGAUUCAUGUAGAAAUUGUUUCAUUCAGAUAUGGCACAGCUAUGAUACGUACUAAAGCCAAGAUGUUAAAUCAAGUUCGUUGUGCUUUAGCAUUUUAUGGAACACAUGAUAAACGUGAAUGUGCUUUUCGUAUUGAUACUAAAUCAGAAGAAGAUAAUAAUAAUGAUAAUGAUGAUGAAGAAGAAGAAGGAGAAAAAUCGCUUACAAUGCCAAUGAACUAA